UCACUCCAUCAUACAUUUACUGGUAGAGAUCAACAGGCCUUGCUCAUAGGUUAGCAUUGCGAUAUGGCAGAUCAUCCUUCAAAGGUUUCGGAUCAAGAGCGUACGGGAAAUGAAUCACUAAGUGCAAAAGAUGAUCUUCCUACCUCCUCAACAUUAGGCGAGGAAGGAGGAGAAGCUACCAAAAGACAAGAAAAAGUCAGCAGUAACGUAUCGGAAAGUGGAAGUCAAACAUCAGAUUUGUCUUCACCUACACUCAAUCCAGCUCAGGCAAAUGCGAUGAACAGUAGCGUGAUUUCAAACUUGGAUCUAGGAGAAGAGCCGGCAUUUCCGACCUCUUCUUCUUUUGGCAAUACAUUGGACAAGAUAGAUACAACGAGUGCAAACCAAAUACAGCAAGAAAGUCGAGGAAAUGGACCUUCAAGUGCUGUUUCUCCGGAUGAUCUAGGUCGUACGUACGAUGGUUCAGCAUCUACCUCAUCUUUCACAAAUAGUAGGAAUUCAAACGGUUAUGCACCGCUGGCACCUGGCGAUCUUCUUCCAUCAGCACCAGGACCACAGCCAAGCUCUUCUUCUUUGAACUCUUCUCAAAGUACUUUAUCCAUACCGAAUUCAAACUCAUUCUCCUCUCAACGUACACUGGGUCCAGACAAUAGCUUAUUCAAUGAAGGCGAUCAGAGCGGAUAUUCAGGAGCGGGAACAGGUGUAGCUGGAGGUGCAGCACAAUCGGGAGACGACAGCGCCUUGAAUGCAUUGAUGGAAGCACAUAGCAAAGAACCAUCAUCCCCUCAUAGACCGAGCAAGCGUGAUGCAAGCUUUGGUCUGGAUCCUGAUGUUGACACAGUACAUUCCCUCGAAGGACAACCGUUUAGGCCGAAUAUACUUUCAUCUCCUCUUCGGCCUUCGACAUCGAGCUCAGGUCGUCACCGACAUCAUGAUACGCAUCAUAAUCAUUCACAUGACAAGGAUAAAGGUGUAUACGAUGAACCGGAAGAACAAGAAUUUAGCCAUACAUCUGCGGCCACCGGCGCUCCCCGCACAAUGGAAACGGGAAUGGAAAAUGUUCAAACGGUACCAACAGUUUCAGCAACAGGUAUGCCACGCUUCUUGCCACGAAGAACAUCUAGAUCACCCUCGAACGACUCAAUAAACGAGAAGAGAAGGUCUUCCCUUCGACGUAGGUCUUCUUCCGCCUCUUCAUCACAGGUUUCCGCACCUGCGGAAAUGCAACCACAAUAUGCACCUUCCGGCUCAUUGACGAUUGCAUUAUUCACGCCCGGGCUAACAUGGAGAAGAAGGUCUUACCUCUUAUUGGCAAGUAUGGUGGUCAAUAUAGGCUUACCGUUUAUCAAUGGGAUUGCAUUAGGCUUUGGUGAGAUUCUGGCUCGCGGCUUGAUUGCUCCUUGGAUUGGUUUAGCACCUGCUGCUCUUAACAUCAAUGCUCCUGCUGCUCAAAGACCUGGCGUUUCCACAACAUCGGGUGUGGGUUUGCGACAUGCUGGCGUUGCAUCUGCUAGUGCUCCUCCUGCGGAUAAGGGAAGAGAUGACGCAAGAGGGUGAAGGAAAGUGUGUUGCGAAGAUUCUUUACCUUGCUGUUCCUUUAAUAUAGACAUUUUUAUCAAUAUAAAUUCUCAUCACUUCUAUCUCACCUUGCGAGCGGUACAACAAAUCCAAUAGAUUAAGCACGUAUGAUUAUAGCCUACAUUUUUGAAGAGGGGAAAGAGGGAAAGAGUCAAGAUUGCUUACUUGCCAUUUCGAAAAGUUUACUUGUUAUUCUUUUUUCCCUUUGAGCCUGACUUCUUUCCAGAAGCGGGUGCUUGAGGUGCUGUCUUUGGCUGUUCAGCAGCGGGAGCAGGAGCAACUUUUGCGGGAGUUGGAGCAGCAGAAGCAGUGUUUGCAGCCUUUGUUUCAGCAGGAGCAGUGACUGAAACGAAAGAAGAAUCUAGCUUGGCA